AUGGUUAGGACCAGAGGAUUAGGUCGUGCCUUAGGUCAGGUUACUGGCAGAGGUGUGGGCAGAGGAGAUCAUGAUGAUUCCGAUGAUGCUCCGCAGCGUCGACGAUCUACUGCAUCCGCACGGAGGCAGCGAGUCGCUGUGACUGCGGCGCAUAAUGAGCCAGUGGUCCCUACGCCAGAUGUUCAGGAUGACCCGAUGGAGGCAUCAGCUGCUGUAGAGGACAUUGUGGUAGACAUUCCUGCGAACACAGGCGCGGAGGCUGCUGAGGAUGAGCAUGAGGGAUUUUCGGGUGGUCCGAGUGACCCAUCCGAGCGUCCUGAAUUGAAGCUAUCCUCUCAUGGGAGGAAGGUCCACAGUUUAGGCAGGCCUGUCCCAGCCAUUCAGGGACUUGUUGCUGGUACAGGACUAAGUCCUCUGAUCGCGUGUUCUGUAGACACCGGCAAUCGGGGAUUUUUGUCCGCAUUUGUCGAGCGGUGGCACCGGGAGACGUCUAGUUUCCAUCUCCCGGUGGGAGAGCUCACCAUCAUGUUGGACGACGUCUUCUCGCUUUCAUAUUCCCAUGAUUAG